AUGUCGGGAGAGAGAAGAAAAGACUGGCACUAUUGGAAAAGAGGAAGAAAACAGUACAAAAAGAGAUUCUACGGCCACGAACAGGAUGAAAGGUACUUUAUGCACUACGAAGACGAAAGAAGAUACGGGUGGAUCGACCAAAGACGGCGAAACUGGAGAGAUAACUUUGCAGAAGGACCGCACCCGUACAGAAGACAGGGGGAUAUGGACUAUCCUGACACGUGGCACCGCAGAGAGGUAAAUAACUAUCCGCCAAGAUACAGCAAUAGUGGAUAUGAAAGUGCGAAUGGCAAUGGUAGACCGUAUGAAAGUGCGAGCUAUUCCAAUAAUAGAAAUGCCUCUCCCAUUACGAGCAGAAACGAAAGCAAUGCAUUGCAUAAUGAAAGUAGAAAUCAUACGGAAGAAAGGAGAAGAAUCGAUGGCGCAGAGUCUUAUUCUGUGCCAAAAGAGGAGAAUGACAGAAUAGAAGAGUAUGUGAGCUUAGAAGAAAUACAGGACCUAUCGAUUGUCAGCCCUGGGGAGCACAUAGUUCACGACAGCUCAAGUAGCAGAGAAGUGCUGGAGUAUGCAUGUAUUCGAGAAGCUCCAGAAAUACUGCCACAAAAUAGCAUUGCACAGGAGUACAUAGCAGAGCAUAACGAUCUGGGAACUUUUAGUGGCAGUUUUACUGCCGGCAGUGAGAGAAUGGCUCUUGGCAAUGAAGAAGCAGCAGCUGAUAAUUUAGCGCAUAGCAUAGACAGUAGUAUGGCUAUGGUCAUUGAUGAAGGCAUGGUGGAUGGUACUUUAAGUGCACCGAGAAUGGUCAUUGAUACCUCCAAUAAUAGCAGUGGUGGUGUUAGUGUGCCAGUUAGCAGCGUGCAUGCCAAUAUUGCUGAAAUAUUCGCUGAUCGAUCGAGUAUGAUUACUGAAAAUGCAAGUAGCACUGUAGAUGAUAGUGUGGAGAUGGCAGGGAACAGUAUGAUUAUCGAUGCGCCAUUUAUGAACAUUGUAGAAAGUGAGGGAGUGCAGGACAGCAAUGCAAUGGAAGAUGUUUUGGCAUAUGAAUCCGAGAGCCCAAAUAGCACCGGGAAUAGCGCAACUAUUGAAGGAGAGAAUGCGAGUGUAGAAAGUGCUGAAACAAGCGAGGAUGGGUAUAGGGAAGAGAACACGCCCAGCAUCUAUACGUAUCUCAUAGCCAAGUACAAGGUGGAGCAGGAAGAGAUGCGCAAGAUUCAGAAAAAGAGCAGAAAAAACGAAAAAGCAAAAGAAGUCAGUUUGGACUUCGAAAUUGAAAAGUGGGCCAAGAAUAAAAUGCUAAAGCUCCUGGGGAUAGACAAGGAAAUGAUCAUAGAGUCAAUAACUACAUCAGACGACAGAAGCAGGAUAAAUGAAGCAACCAUUCCGGAAAGAGAGUCGAGCAAGCUGAUGUGCUACAUAUACAACGACAGCAUAAGAAACAUAGAAUCCAAGCACAGAGCAAACAGCGGGGUGUAUAUGUACAAGGGAGACGACGAACUAUUAAGAAAAGCCUUUGCUGAGACGGGAAAAGACUUUAGAGCUAUCAGAGCAAACUAUCUCCCGUGGUACACGCACAAGGAAAUAGUGAAAAUAUACUAUAAGAUGAAGUACAAGCUAAGGCUGAAGAACUGGGACGGCGUUCUCAGAGACACAAGAAAGAUACAGGACAAAGAGGUGGUUGAAAUAGUGGAGAGAGACUGGACGCAGGAAGAGAUGGAUGUGUUUAGCAAUUUGAACAGCGAGCUGGGAAAGAAAUGGAAGGAGUACCUGAAGUACAUAAAAGGAAAAACGGAAAACGACAUCAAAAUAUUCUACAAAUACUACAAGAAACACAUUCUCAAGAAAAAAGAAGACAAGCUGAAGAAAAAAGAAGAGAAAAAAGAGGGAAGCAUCGAAGGAUGGAAGGUCCACGAGAGACAGACAUUCGCGCUUCUGUUUCCGCACAUAGGAAAGAACUGGGGCGUGCUGGCUAAUUACAUAGUAACCAAAACAGCCACUGAAAUCAGAAGCUACCACAGACUGUAUUAUAAGAACCUCAGGGCAGGCGAAAGAGUUCUAGAAAUAUACCUGAAGGACAUUGGAGAUAGAGAAAUACGAACAGAUCCACUGCCUCUGGCCGAGAGAGCAGGACACAAACAGCAGCACAGCAGGCAUGCAGGUGUUCUAUUUUCUUGUAAAUAA